CUCGAACGUCUGAAAUGACUCGAAGGUUUUGUAAGUACUAUACGAUAUUAAAAACAUCGGUUAAAUAUUAAUUGUUUUAAUAUACAUACAACUUUAUUAUCACUCGAUUAUUAGUUAAUACAAAUUUACAUUUACGUCGAUACUUUCGAAUGUAUUAAGUAAUAAAUUUUGUUGUUAGUGGAAGUAUAAGAAAUCGGCUAGACCAAAGUUGAUUAUUCAACAAUUUCUAGCUCACCUUUCUAAAACGGGCAUAGUUUUAGAUGUCAGUUCGUAAAACUCUUGAUUUUUCGGCGUCCCUAAGAGAUCAUCGAAAUCUAUAGCACUCUCGAUAUCAAAGUCCUCCGAGAGCAGAGCAGAGAGAUCAUAUCCAAUGUCGAUGCCGGAUUCUGCCAUGCUUCCCUCGAUACGUUAUCACAGUAUUCUCACAGCUUCGAGUGUUCGAAUCGUCGAAAAGAAAAUGAAAGGCUUUGACAUUGGCCCGUUACGCGGCCAUAAUCGAGCGUUUUUGAGCGAUUUUUCCGACGUUCGAGCGGCGCAAUGUCAGGGCCGGGCGUCCAGUCGAAGUUGCGCCGGGAGCCGAAAAGUUCGCACUUGGAAAGCCGUCGAAAAUAGCGCAAACUGCGCGAAGCAGGAAAACCGAAAAUUCACUCGACGACUAGAGAUCGCGAUGCUCGACGGACGGAUUCAUCUCGAAAUUCGCGACCGACUGAACUGCGCGCCGCCGGUAUCUUCAAAAUCUUGGCAUUAUUUUCAAUUAUUAUUUCCUUUGAAAAUUUCCACCUUAGUGCUUUGCCCAAAGCGAACGGGCCCACGGCGACUCACUUGCGACCGGUCAAGUCGAAAUUCGGAAAAUAUCGCGCCUGAUUUUGCGAUUUUUCGACAAUUUUUUACUACGGAACAAAUCGGUUGUAAUACACAAAACAAACAUUACAUGGUGGGAAGUGAUUUGGACAAGGACUGGGACGACUUUAAGAGGAAAUUUAACAAAACCUACUCCAACUACAACGAAUUCGUGAGGCGGAAAUCCUGGGAAGAGAACAUGAACAAAAUCAAAAAGCACAACGAGGAAGCGCUAAAAGGGAAACAUUCCUACUUUUUGAAAGACAACCAUUUAUCAGAUAUGUCCAACUACCAGUACUUGCGGAAAAUGGUGAAGCUCACCUCGAGCAGGCACCGGAAAAUCGACGCCGAAAGGGUCGGCGACAUCUACGAAAGGCUGCUGCACAUUCCCGAAUCCAUCAACUGGGUGGAGAAGGGCUUCAAAACGCCCUAUUACAACCAGAGGGACUGCGGCUCCUGCUACGCCUUCAGCAUCGCCGGCGCCAUUCAGGCUCAGAUAUUCAAGCAAACGGACAGAUUGGUGCCGUUGAGCGAACAACAAAUCGUCGAUUGCAGCCUGCCGUACGGAAACUACGGCUGUGCCGGGGGAUCCCUCAGAAACACUCUCAAGUAUUUGGAAAAAGUCGGAGGGUUGAUGGCUUAUAGUGACUACCCUUAUAAAUCUAAAAAACAAAAAUGCUCAUUCGACAAGCACAAAGCCCUAGUGAAUCUAACGAGUUGGGCGGUGCUGCCAGCGCGCGAUGAAAGAGCCCUAGAAGUCGCCGUCGCGAAAAUAGGACCGGUCGCGGUGUCCAUCAACGCCAGUCCGGAUACAUUCCAGCUCUACCAUACCGGAGUCUACGACGACCCAGCUUGUUCCUCUGACCACGUGAAUCACGCGGUGCUCGUCGUGGGGUACACGAAGGACGCUUGGAUAAUCAAAAAUUGGUGGGGUAAGCAUUGGGGCGACAACGGCUAUAUGAAACUCAAAAGGCGCAAAAACCGAUGCGGGAUAUCUAAUUACGCAGCGUACGCUUUGAUUUAGUGUAAGGAGUGUUGCAUACUUUCAAGGUUUACGACACGCGCCAUGUUCGAAUUGUGUACUAAAAAUAAAACAAUAAAAGACGGGAUUAUUUUUAUUAUUUAUUUGAGAUGACAUUCAACAGUAUAUGAACAGUUUAUUACAAAUUUAAAAAAUACUAUAUAAUGAAACUUCUAAUAUUCAUGCAUAUUAACAUACGAUAUUCAUGCAUUCACACAUUCGAACAACAAGUACUUCUUCACUGUAUCCAAAAAAACUAAAUGCGACAUUUUGAUAUCGAUUAAUUUAGACGCAUCGUUUGCAAUAAGAAUGAUUUCGACAAAAUUUACCCAGAAGUUUUACAAUGACGAUGGCACAAAUUUAUCUAAUAAUAAAUAUCAAAAUGUUAUAUUAAAAUGGGUUUAGAAAGUUUUAAUUCUAAUGUAUGCAUGUUAAUGUAAAUCACAUUUAAACAAUCGAAAUGGUACAUGAAUGGACAAAAAAUUAUACUAGGCCUAUCAAUAAUUUCAUUAAACGUAUUUGAAAUUUGUAAUUUUUUUUGUGUUUUUUUCUUUAGUGGCUCAUUGCGCAAAUCCGAUAAACAUCAAAUAUUUGAACUAUCUUAAUUGCACAUUUCAAUACACGGAUGCAUUAAAGUUCAAAAGCCUUUAUUUGUAUCAUCAUUCAUACAUACUAACUUCAUUUUCAUACGAAUACAUGAGAAGAAAAAUCACAUGAUCAAUCUAUUUUACGAACAGAACGAUCAACUGAUUACAUUCUACAAGAAGAUGUAAACACCUUUAAUGAAGCAAAUGAAUAAACUCAGAAUUACAAUAGCCACAAUAUAAAAAACUACGUUACACCGUUGUGCCUUAUUUUAUAAAAAGAAAUACUGGAUUUUUACCAAAAUGAAAAUAGUAAAUAUUUUUUAAAAUUAAAAAUAAAUUACUACUUAUGAUUUUACCAAUCGAAUAAAUACCUUCUUUAUGAAAGAAAUAUUGACAAUUCAUUGGUUACUAGUUUUAUGAAAAUUUUAGGCCUUUACACCACAAAAACUGCUGAUUAAAACAUCAGAAUAUAUGUUUCACAUUUUUAGCAAAUCGAAAUGACAGUUAAAAAAGAUUUCUAGUAAAAAAAAAUUAAGGACUGUUGAAUCAUCAAUUGCUCUUUUAAAAUUCCAAUACACAUAAUACAUCGAUUAUAGAGGCAUUAAAAAAAUUGUAAAAACAUUCUAGAUACGUAACUAUUAGGAUUUCUAAAAAAAAACAACUUGAUUUUAAAUUCCGCAACGGAAACUCCAAAAAAUUGAAAUGAUUGAUUUUUCCCAAUAGAAACAUCGCCAAACAUGCCGUAAUGUUUGUUGAUUCUUACCGCUAAACAAAAAUAUCCAGAUCUAAACUCUUGUUAUUGACGAAUAAAGAAAACAGCAAACAUUACGAUGCCUUCAACAAUACGAUACACCCAAGGAUUCAAACUUAAGUAAAUGAAGAUUGUUCAAAGCAAGGAAGAAUUAAUUAUAAUUCGACAAUAAAUGUCCUAAGAUUGUCCAAAAUUUAAAGAGUUUGAAACGUUUACUUAAAAAUCCUGGUUAAUCGUUCGUUUUUUUGGCGAUUUGAUAACAAAAAUUCGAAACUUUGUUUCUCACAGUCAUAAAAAUCCAAAAGGUGUUUAAUUUUUCUCUGUUAAAUCAGAAAUUUAAUUCGAAAGAAUUAAACACUAUGGGUGUUUAGAGACAGUGGAUUUACAAAACUCAAGAGAUUCUGCUUAUUUUCAUAAUUAUUUUUUUAAUAUCAUUUAAUCUCAUUUUAAUAUCUUUUAAUUGGAAUUUUAGAAAAUAAAUAUAAAAGAAAAAUCAUAAUUCGAUAUAAAAGUAAAUAUGGCACAAUUAAUGAAAUUAAUUAUUUACUUCUAAUUAAAAAAAAAGACUGAUUGACGUGAAAGCUGAUUUAUACAACUGAUGUAAAAUAUCUGGUACAAAAAUGACGGAAAUUAAAAAAUAAUUUUAAAUAAAAAAUAAAUAUAUAAUUUCAAGUGUAUAACUUUUUUUGUUUAAAUUAAGAAAUUAUUUGUAUACAUAAUAUAUAAAUAUAUAUAAAAUUUGUAUUUAUUCUAUCUAGAAUGCUUUUCUUUUAUAAAAAAAUAAGCAAAUAAAAUACCAGGUAAAUAUUCUGCAGUGUAUAUCACCGCAUAUAUAAAUUGAAAUUUUCACCUAGCAAGGUUACUGAAUUUAAAAUUCCAGUUUUUUUAUCGCACAUUAAAGUCGGUAACCAAACUAAAUGGAAAUAUCCUAUAUACUUUUAUUGACUCGAUUAUUAGUACAAGAUCACUAGAAAUAACGAGACUUCAGCUACAAACAAUCACAGCAUGGACAAUUUACAUGCAUUAUGUUUUGUUUCCCUACAAUUAAAACGGAGUUAAAUACUGAUUUAAUUCCCUUCCAAUCCAACAAAUUCCAAGACAAAUUUUAGUACUCUACAAGUAAGUCUAGCGGUACUAAAGUGAAUUGUGUUGGAAGGAAAUCCGAUUCAUCAUUUAUGGACAAAAAUUUUGGUAAAAUGAGAGCAUUUGCCAAGCUGUCGCUGAACGUCUCAAAAUGGUCACUGGAAUAUUAACAAGCAUUCCACACAAUUUGUUUUAUCGCUUUGGCAGAUACAAUUUUGUUUUUCCACACCUCCCGACGCAUAUCCCACCAAAACUCUAAGUACAUGUGAAACUCAUCUUUAGUACACUAUCACAGUCAUUUUAACCUGGUGUCGAAGCAAAACAGUUCAUUCAAUCGUAAACCAGUCAUGUAAAUAUAAAUUUUAUGUAUAUAUAAUAUAUAAUACAUAGUUUAAUAAAAAUUUGUUAAAAUCGUUUUUUGUUUGUUUCUUCAUAAUUAUCACCAUCACAAUAUUUUAAUAUGGGAAUAAAAAAAGUCACAGCAGCUUUAUAUUAUCACAAAACUCGCAUCUUAAGAAACGUAAAUAGAAUUUUCUCGUUCGUGGAGGCAAUUUUCAUUGUACGCCCGAAUCGGAUAGGCCAAGACCGUGUUCAGAAGGUCGUUGUGGAUCUCCAACGAAUUCGUGGCGUAGUGCAGCACCAAAUCUUUCAGCGUCGGAUAGAUGUUGUAGGGUUCGGUGAAGCCGAGACCCUUGCCCGUUUCGUUGAUGAUGCAAUGAUUGGUGCUGCCGUUGCACACGACGGACAGCGCGUACUUGUUCAUUUGCCUGGACUUCCUCACCAGGAACGUGCCGUCCGGCUUGCCGUCGAGCAGCCGUUCGGCCUCGGUGCGCGAGCAAUUCAACAACAGCCAGGUGUGCUCGUCGUUGUGCGGCAACGUGUCCGUGUCGAUUUCGCACUCCUCGGACGUUUCCUCUCUGUUGCGGUUGAGGAUUUGGUUGAUCUUCGCCACCGAGAAACCCCGCUGUUGGAGCCACCUGAUGUGCUUGUCCCGUUCCCUGACCAAAUUGUGUAUUUGCGGCUUCAGGCUGGUCAGUUCGCGCUCCAGCGCUUUCUUGUACGCCUCCUUCUGCUUCAGUAUCUCCUCGAGUUGCUCGCAGCUUUCGGUCAUCAAAUCCAACCGUUUCUUUAAUAAUUCGGAAUUAAUUUCUAAGUUUUUGAUUUCGUGAGGCUGGGCCUCGCUUUGGAAUUUUUCUUGGAUCGUAGUCUGAUCCCUGAAUACUUGUACUAAUUCUUUGAGUGCAUCGAGGGCAUGUCUUUUGGUUUGUACUUCGGUUGACGUUUCAUUGAAAUCCUUCGAAACCGUCUCGGACACCUUGUUCUUCUCGGCCAAAUUCUUGUUAACAGUCACGAGCUUCUCCACCAGCUUCUCGAUCUUCUCGUUUUUGGCCAGCUCCUCCUCCUGGUUGUUCCUCGACACGGGAUAGAGCAACUUGAUGUCCAAAGAGGCGUUGUACUGAGAGAGUGAGUCGUUCCGAAAGUGAUUGAUCAGAUCCACGACGGAUGGGAAAGUGUAAGGUUCCGUGAAGCCGUACAUGCCGUUCCUGUGGCAGAUUUUUAUCAACUUGUUCGCGCCGCCUUUCCUCAACGUCAGAGUGUAUUCGCCGCAUUUGCUCGAAGCGUCCCGCACCAAAAACGUCCCGUCCACCGUGUCGUUCAACACCUCGUUGACUUCCUCGCGCUUGAUGUCGCCCCAAUACCACUCGGCGUCCUGGAGGCUCGUCGCCGCGGCGCUCUUGUCCUUGUUGCCUUCCAGCAUGCUGUAGUAGGCGCUGCUGCCCAUUCGAGACACCUUCCUCGGCGGAAUCGCCGGCGCGGAGGCGAACUCCGGCAAUUUUUCACCCCAAUCGCAAUAGAGCAACAACAGCUCCACGAUGCGAUUGUGUGCCUGCGUAUUGUAGACGACUUGUCUGAAGGAGAAAUGAA